UCUGGGGAGACCAUAUAUAGUGAAUGCAGGAUCCUGGGAGACCAUAUUUAGUGAAUGCAGGGUCCGGGGGAGACCAGAUAUAGUGACUGCAGGGUCCGGGGAGACCAGAUUUAGUGAAUGCAGGGUCCGGGGAGACCAGAUAUAAUGAAUGCAGGGUCCGGGGAGACCAGAUAUAGUGAAUGCAGGGUCCGGGGAGACCAGAUAUAGUGAAUGCGGGUUCGGGGAGACCGGAUAUAGUGAAUGCAGGGUCCGGGGAGACCAGGAUAUAGUGAAUGCAGGGUCCGGGGAGACCGGAUAUGGUGAAUGCAGGGUCCGGGGAGACCGGAUAUGUGUGAAUGCAGGGUCCGGGGAGACCGGAUAUAGUGAAUGCAGGGUCCGGGGAGACCAGAUAUAGUGAAUGCAGGGUCCGGGAGACCGGAUAUAGUGAAUACAGGGUCCGGGGAGACCGGAUAUAGUGAAUGCAGGGUCCUGGGUUUAGUAACAAUUUAAUUUGCAG